AUGAAUACAAAUUUUUGCACAGAAAAUUGUAAUUCAAAUUCAAUCUCAAUUAUUAUUCCAGGAAGAAAUCCUGAAAUUGUUGUUAAUGAAGGCAAUGGAAUAAUUUCAACAAUUGUUCAAAAUCCACAGACUGCAUCAAAUGUUGUUGUUGCUGUUAAUGGCGAAAUAUUUACUGCAGAUUCUGGUGCUGGAGUUUACUUCAGUUUUUUUCCAUAUCAAUCUUGGGAGUUUCUUGGUGUACUUACUAAUUUAAGAAGAAGUGAUAUGUUUACUACUGGAUGGCCAUUUAUGGAAGGUAUUUCAUCUAUUCCAAGUGUUAAAAUUAUAGUAGUAAUUGAACCUGCAAAUGUAUUAUUACAGAAAUUAGAGACUAAACCACCAAUUGAUUAUAAUAAAGAAAUUGCAAGAAAGAUUGCAUUAAAUUUAUUCAGAUUUAUAGAAAGUUAUAAUAAUAAUAAUAAUAGUAAUAAUACCAAUAGUCCCUCCAAUCAAAUCCCAUUAAAUCUUCCGCAAUAUAUUCUUGAUAGAUGGAUAUCUAGAUUUGAUGAAAAAUAUAAAUUAGAUCCAUACUUUUAUAUGAAAACAAAUUAA